CUUGGUGACAGCUCUUUCUUCUGACAGCUCUUCUUCUUCGGGCGAGUCAGGGGACGGGGAUUCUCUGUCGGAGGGGGAGAUGGCUUCUCUGAAGGAGGAGGUGGAGGAGAAGAAGAAGCUGAUAGCCACUCUCAGGAACAAACCGUGGCGCAUGAAGAGGAGACUCAAACUCCUCAAAGAAUGCCAGGCGUUUGUGGAGAAGUUUGAGGGGGCUCUGGGAAAGGGCAAAGGGAGGAAGCUCUAUGCCUACAAAGUCAUGAUGGCUAAGAAAAUGAUCAAGUUCAACCGUGACUUUGACAAUUUCAAAACAGCCUGUAUUCCGUGGGAAAGAAAGAUAAAAGAGGUUGAGAGUCACUUUGGGUCAUCUGUGGCUUCCUACUUCAUCUUCUUGCGGUGGAUGUACGGUCUAAACCUGGUCCUGUUUGCGUUCAUGUUUGGUCUUGUGGUUCUCCCAGAGGUGAUGAUGGGUCUUCCGUAUGGGUCUAUUCCCAGAAAAACUGUUCCCAGAGCAGAGCAGGACAGAGCCAUGGACAUCUCUGUCCUCCUUGAUUUUGGUGGUUACUGCAAGUACUCUAUUCUCUUCUAUGGUUUCUAUAAUGCCGAGCGCACCAUCGGAGUCCUCCAGUUCAGACUGCCUCUCUCCUACCUACUAGUUGGUGUAGGCAUCUUCGGCUACAGCCUGAUGGUGGUCAUUAGAACGAUGGCCCGUAACUCGGACGAGGGAGGAGACGGUGGGGAUGACGGACAGUUCACCUUCGCAUUUAAGAUGUUCACCAGCUGGGAUUACCUCAUUGGCAACCCAGAGACAGCCGACAACAAGUAUGCCUCCAUCACCACCAGCUUUAAGGAAUCCAUAGUAGACGAACAGGAGAACCAGAAGGAUGAGAACAUCCACUUGCGGAGGUUCCUGCGGGUUCUAGCCAACUUUUUAAUCCUCUGCAGCCUGGGGGGCAGCGGCUUCCUCAUCUAUUUUGUGGUCAAGAGGUCUCAGGAGUUUGCCAACCUAGAUCAGGAUGAGCUUUCCUGGUUUGAAAAGAAUGAGGUGGAGUUUGUGAUGUCACUGCUGGGGCUGGUGUGCCCCCCUCUCUUUGAGACCAUCGCUGAGCUGGAGGAGUACCACCCUCGUAUCGCCCUCAAAUGGCAGCUGGGCCGCAUCUUUGCCCUGUUCCUCGGAAACCUCUACACCUUUCUGUUCGCCCUUUUUGACGAAGUCAACGCAAAGUUGGAAAAGGAGAAGUCUAUUAGGAAUGCCACUAUCUGGGGACUGAAUGAGUACUAUUCCAACUAUAGCUCCUACCACAACACUACUGACAUCCCCCCUCCAGACAUCCACCCUGCUGAUGUCAUCAGAGGGCCGUGCUGGGAGACCGCCGUUGGCAUAGAGUUUGUGAAGCUCACCGUCUCUGACAUCCAGGUGACGUAUAUGACCAUCCUGAUUGGUGACUUCCUGCGAGCCAUGAUUGUGCGUUUCCUCAACUACUGCUGGUGCUGGGACCUGGAGGCUGGAUUUCCGUCCUAUGGAGAGUUUGACAUCAGCGGCAACGUGCUUGGAUUAAUCUUCAAUCAAGGAAUGAUUUGGAUGGGUGCGUUCUACGCCCCUGGCUUGGUAGGGUUGAACGUCUUGCGUCUCCUCACCUCCAUGUACUACCAGUGCUGGGCAGUGAUGAGCUGUAACGUUCCUCAUGAGAGGGUCUUCAAGGCCUCUAAAUCCAACAACUUCUACAUGGGCCUCCUCCUCCUGGUGCUCUUCCUCAGCCUUCUGCCCGUGGUUUACACCAUAAUGACCCUGCCGCCCUCCUUCGACUGUGGCCCCUUCAGCGGAAGGGAGCAAAUGUAUAAUGUCGUCAUGGAGACUAUAGAGAACGACCUACCAGCAUUCAUUGGGGAUAUCUUCACCUACGCAACUAAUCCUGGGCUGAUCUUACCAGCAGUGCUGCUGAUGGUGUUGGCCAUCUACUAUCUGAAUGCGACCUCUAAAAACUAUCAAAAUGCCAACCUGGAAUUGAAGAAGAAGAUGCAAAUGGCUAGAGAUGAGGAGAAGAACCGGAGGAACAACAAGGAGAACACCAACCAGGUGAUGCAGGACCUGGAAGACCUCCUGCCCAACCGCUCUCUGCUCCCCCCUGCUGCUGCGGAGGAGAAGCCCCCACCAGAGAAAGUGCACGAGAAGGGAAGCAAAUCUCCCAAAGUGGCAAAACGUCCAGGCGCAGCAGCCAAUGGCAAGGGGGUUAAUCUACAGAUGGAUGUAUUGUUGGAUGCACCAAACCCCAAAGCAGCUGUGACCCAUCCCCCAGGCCCAAGGGGGCCGGGGCCGUCUGGAAACGCCAGAGGUCCUCCCCCAGGGCCGGUGAGGGGCAGAGGGAGGGACACACCUCCCUCUAGACGCUAAACUGGUGAAAACCAGGGUGCUAGGAUGUCAAUACCACCCUGACAAAUCAGGCUGUAGACAAGCAGGGGAAGAGCAGGGUUGUGUUCAUUAGGUACCAAACGUAAGAAAACAGACCGAAACUCCAAUAAGAAAAGUCCCUUGUUUUCCAUUGCAAAAAGUUUGCGUUCCAUAUCCUAAUGAACAUGACAAUAGGAAUCUGGUCAAAGAUCUAAAGCC